GCGAAGCAAUGGCCUGCUGCACGCUACUUCCAUGGCUCAACCAACUCCUCCUCCUCCGUCGUCCAGAGCCCCCAAUCUUUCCGCUCCCAAUUCUAAUGUCCCUAACGCAUCUACUAAUGGACUUCCAUUUGUUCCACGCAGGGAGUUUAUACGCGAUCAACGAGUCGUAUCUUCUUUCUCUCUUCUAGCGCUGUCUGGUCCGAAUCUCGUCCGGCUCUACAGCUUCCCUUUACCAGUCAUAUCUGCCCUCCGACGCUUGUUUGAUCAUCAGAAUCUCACAGUAAGGGUUCGCGAGCAUUCAUCCAAGAACUUCUUCGAAUUCAGUCUUAAUGGCCGCCCGUGGGCGAGCCCCAAGACCAUAGAGUCGGAAAAGCUAAUCGUCGGCAUCAUGUCUUCCGUUUUACAGUGCGGUUAUUCCUUCUUGUCUACUGUCGAAUACGGCCGUGAGCCAGAUGAUCGUCUCGCAAUUGCUUUCUCAAAGCGCGUCGCCAUGAAUGUCCUGUCUUCUUCUGGCCAGAGUGCGAAUGGUUCCGCGGUAACCCUGCUGCAACCCGUAAGAACACCAUUUGCGAUAUCCUUCGUCUCCCCCAGUGUGCUACACGUCAUCGGUCCUCCCCUUCAUUCCACUCCAGCUAUCCUUCAGGCGGUCAGAGGUUCUUGGCCCCGGGGUGUUGUAUCUGAGAAGAAAUUAGGUGAUGCUAUCUACCAGUUCAAGUUGAAAGGUUACAAAUUCUUCCAACAGGAUACCUUUGCUGCAGACUCACUGCAACAGAUUCUUACCGUACUCACAACGCUUGAUACCCACGCCUUUAUGCUUAUGACUUCAUUGACAUUGACGAAACGCUCACGCAAGCAUGAUUUGUGGAUCUUCACGGGGCCACCUGAAGAUGUCCCGGUAAUGGACUCGCCAUAUCCUAGUCCUAUCCGUUCCAGCCUUGAACUGCAGGACAGCUCUCCGUAUGCUGCCCAGGCUUCAAAUGAGAAGCUUGCGCCAGUGGUUUCCCCACAUCGUGUCGGUAGCACCACACCCUCGACGUCUUCUCCUCUGAAGCCUUCAUCUCCUACCAUGUACAAAGCGCAAGGCCAGCUAUUGCGAAAGCCUUCGCCCAAGAUCCAGCUCCCACGCGCAUACUUGGCAGAAGCUGACAGUGCGACGAGUUCCCCGGUGGACAGCAAACAGCAUCCGUUCUCGAGCAGCAUGGGCAGUGUCGACAUGACCGGAAUUGGUUCUGGUCGUGGCGGCGCGGCUGGAGAGCGACUGUCUCGGUCGCCCGACAUCUUCUACGUGGCCGCCGGCGCACAACGUAACGUUCAUGGAUAUCGUAACGAUCACACCCCGUGGCGUCCCACGAGUCCGCCAGUCCCUCCAGCUGAAGUACUGUUCCCAAUGUUUACGCGUCAAGAUGCAAAAGGGCAUGCUCCCCCUCAAUCGCCGGCUGCGCGGGAUAUGGUUUCACCCAUGCCUCAUUCAAGGGGUCCCUCCACCGGAAAUAGCUCUCCUACUAUCCGCAUAUCCACCUCGUCGCCGCCACUACUCGUCUCGGGUGAAACACUGCGAAAGGUUCAUUCCCCUUUACCCAAGCUCACGAUUGGGAAUGACUACUUCUCAAUUCACCAUCAUGACACCGAUGUACAGGAUGGCAUGACGCAGGGCGGAGAAGGUCCUCCAAGUCGACCUGCUGCGCCUGACACGCCGCGCACGCCCACCCCACCCCUUCUCACCCCGGGCGUCUUCCGAGACUCCGCAUUCUCGUCUACCACAGGCCAGUCGUACGAAAUCCCUAUUACAUGGGCAGGCGGAGAAUCGGAGCUCGGCCGCGGGAUGUUGGCGGGCAUCAAGGAGGAGGAUGAAGCGAGCAGACAGAAUAAUCUGCAAAGUUCGCAGGAGAGACUAGGCGAGUCGUCGCAGACGCCAAGACAGGACCGAAUGCCCGCCGAACCGCUGCCCCGUAGCGCUUGGGCUCCAACUCCAAACGAGCGGAAGUCGCAUGACGUAGCCACCAUGUUGUCUCCUACAAUCCAAGAGCUGUCCAAUCAAGAGCAAGACGGGCAUGGCCACUUCAUAGGCAAGGUGGCCAACAGGCAUAGUCGAGGGGAUAGUGCGAGAGAGGCGUCGAGGUCGUCGGAGCGACGUGCAUAUGACAGAGGCAGGGCCAAGGAUCCGUCAGGCUCGUCGCUCCCUCCGUCUGACAAGACAGCACGGAGUAGGUUUCGAACACCGACGCCAGGAGAACUCAACAGAGUGAGGAGUCCGACACGCAGAGACACAGACACGUCAGGAUGGGUCAUAGUGAACGUCGACGACAGCAAGGGGAAGGGACGAAAAACACAGAGCGUGUCUCCUGGUCCGACGCACCGAGUGAAGUCACCGAACCAAAACCCAAGCUUGAGUGCGCCACCCUCGCACCGUCCGGUUCAGCAUAUGCGAAGCAGCUCCGACUCACGUCUUCCUCGUUUGCCACAGAGUAAUCAGAGGGAGCCUGCUGUGGCGAAAGGCUCAAUGGCGCCCGCAGCAAAAGCCAUCGUGCUCAUCGAUGCCAUGGAUGCAAACAAGCAGGGCUCUGCUCUCAAACGAUUAUUCAGGAGGAGCAAGGACAAGGGUCAGUCCGCCCAGAGUACGCAGGCACCUGAUAAGUCAGUUGACGCCUCCAGAUACGGACCCAGGAACGAAGGCGAAGUGAUGCAGAAUGACAGAGAUGAAAAGAAAUCUCGAGAGCGAUGGAAGUUUCAACGGUCCGCACGCGCCAGUAUGAGCUGUUAGUCUUUCGCUGCCUUCAAGACCUAUAUUGAUUGGAUAGAUUUGUGAGCACUCUCCAGACGAACUCUACAUGUUGCACAUGCACCCCCUAGUACCUCUCAUUUAGCACGCUUUAUGCGAUACCAUGGACUGUUUCCUCUAUAUUGAUGCCCGCUCAUGCCAGAUCAGGACUGUCUCUUCUUGCUCAUGAAUCCUAAUGACAUAUACCUUACGAUAUUGUGAAUUGAUGACUGCACGAAUGCGAUGGCUUACUGACAAUUAAUGUAUUUAUGCGCGAUUGCGUGCGAC